AUGAGUUUCCCACCUGAUAAACUCGUUGAACUCACUAUGUGUUACAGCCACAUUCAGCAACUGUGGCAGGGAACUAAGAGUUUAUACAAGCUAGAGCAUCUUGACCUUAGUGACUCUCGGUACUUGGUGGAGACCCCAGACUUCACUAAUGCCCCAAAUCUUAAGAGGCUGAUUCUUCAAGGCUGUACAAAAUUGCGUAAUCUCCACUCAUCAGUUGGAGCUCUAAAAUGCCUUAUUUUUCUGAAUUUGAAAGGUUGCACCUCUCUUACUAGCCUUCCCUGUAACAUUAGCUGGGAUUCCCUAGAAAUUUUGAUUCUUUCUGGCUGUACGAGACUCUGGAAGUUUCCUGAAAUGGUGGAAAACAUGAAUCGUUUGAGGCAACUUGAUUUGGAUGGGAUUGCAUUAGUAGAACUUCCAUCAUCAAUUGGGCACUUAACUGGCCUCACUUAUUUUAGUUUGAGAAGCUGCAAAAGCCUCUUGAGUCUUCCGAGUGCUAUUUAUGGUUUGACAUCUCUUAAAACUCUUGCUCUCUCUGGUUGUUCACAACUUGAGGAAAUGCCAGAGGGACUAGGGAAUUUGGAACAUCUGGAGGAGCUCGAUAUAAGUGAAACCGCUAUAAGGCAAUUUCCAUCCUCCAUUACACGUCUACAAAAUCUUAAAAUGUUGUCCUUCCAAGGAUGUUCAGGUUUGCCACCUAAGUUGUUUCUCAAACGAUUAGUAACUUGGUUUUGGGGGAACCCCGACACUGGUUUGGUAUUGCCUACUUCGUUGUCAAGUACUCUAUGCAGCUUGAAGAACUUAGAUUUGAGUAAUUGCCAUUUAAAAGAUGGAGCAAUUCCCAAUGACCUAAGUGAAUUGUCAUCACUGCUAGCUCUAGAUCUAAGUGGAAACGAUUUCACGCUCUUACCUGAAAGCAUCUCUCAACUUUCGAAGCUUUAUGUUAUUUUCUUGAGAAGCUGUAGUCGGCUUCGAUCAUUGCCAGAACUUCCGUCAAGUAUAGUAUACGUUGAUGCUCAAGAUUGUAUCUCAUUGGAAACAUGUUCUAAUAAAAUUCAUACAUGGGUAGCAGAUGACACUGGAUUAGCUAUUCUAAAAAGUACCGAUAUGCCACGUCGAUUGAAAAAUGGACAACGUGACCUAUUGAAAGAAAGAACCACUAAAGCACACAGUGAUCUUGCCAGAGUCAUCUCGGGUGCUUCAAGAGCAAUAGGAAUUCCAACGUGGUUCCAAAAUCAGAGUAUGGGUUCCUCGAUUACAAUCCGGUUGCAUCCUGAUUUAGAUGAUGGUAGAAUGUGGUGGGGAUAUACUCUUUAUGUUUCCUAUGAAAUCAAUGACCUUGAAAGUUGGGAGUCAACACGUUUUACGAGAUUGGAUUAUGAGGAGCUUGUGUUUCAUUUUGUUACCGAUGAAGGUCCGCUCAAAACCCUCCUAAAGUUCGAUACACUCCAGAAAUUCCCCAGUACUAUUGAUAUGCCAGCAGGACAUUGGUUAUAUGUACCACGCAUCUGGUUUGAUAAAAAGUCAAAGGAGGUGGAUACAUGGAGUUACAUUGAGGUUUCAAUUACGAUUGGCAAUCCAUUCAUGAAGGUGGAAAAGUGCGGGGCUCAACUAGUCUACGAGCAAACUCUCCAAGAGUUUAUCGAUGCAGUUUCACCACAUCCUCAUUGA